AAUUUCCCGGAAUUUGAACAUUUUUAACUGUAGCAUUGAAUUGAGUCAACAUAUCUGUAAUCUAUUCUUCGCCAGAAUUAAUCUGUUUAAAUAACAGCUGAAAUUAUUUUGUUGUUACUCAUAUGUGACAUCUCAUUAAUGAAACACAAUUCAAGUCUCCACUUGGUUUUGCAUUCAUCUAAAACCACAGAAAAAAUGUCCGACAGAUGUCACCCAUGAGCCCUUUUAUAUGCAAACCAAAAAAAACCAAAAGAAAAUCUAAAUAAAGAAAAAAACUUCUUUUAUUGAAACCAAAUACUGUCUAACAAUUGGAUUGAAAGACGAUACAGUGGUUUAUUGCGUCUUAUUUUAGAAAACGAAUACACAUUUUGAAUGUUCAUAAAUUGUGUUUGUAAUCGCGCCGUCAUGGUUGCAAUACAGUGUGACCAACGAAACGUACAAAAUUCACGGAAAACAUCUGACAGUACAUAGGCAAUAAACUUUAGUGGCAUUCAUUAGAAAUCAUUUUUGGAUACAAAGAAAAAACCACAAUUUUUCGACAAUCAAAAACGCUCAUUUGAACAAAUUGUACGAAGUUACCUUGCAUCUCGAUUGACACGAUUCGUUUUGUGUGACGAACAGUUUGGAAACAAGUUGUUCAGCUGUCUGUAAAUACAUUUGGCCAAAGGAAAUUUUGUGAUUGAAACAUGGACAAUGAUGGACUCGACGGCCUGUCACAAAACCAAACAGAAAAAGUAUUACAAUUCCAAGAUUUGAUUGGGAUUGAUGAUAUUAUACAAUGCCGCGACAUAUUGACACGACACCAAUGGGAUCUCGAGGUGGCAAUUCAAGAGCAGCUGAAUCUGCGUGAAGGACGACCCUCAAUGUUCGCCUCAUCAAUAGAAAAUAGAGAGCCACAAGUCAUAAAUGAUCGUUACUUACAACGAAUCUUUGUUAAUAAUCGUGAACCGGUUCCACCGCACGGCUUCACUGGAAUCAUAGGAUUUAUCUUUAAUUAUGUAUUCAGCUUUUGUUACAGUACAUUGUCGUCGAUUCUGUCAGUGCUUCGUAAUUUAGUGCGCGGCAAUGAACGAACGGUUGUUACAGAUCCAUUAGCCGACGUAAUAAAUUUUAUUCGAGACUAUAACGAGAAAUAUCCAAACCACCCUGUAUUCUAUCAAGGAACAUACGCUCAGGUUUUGAACGAUGCAAAACAUGAAUUGAAAUUUUUGGCCGUUUACUUACAUUCCGAAAGUAGUUCUGAAACGGUCAAUUUCUGUCGAAACACAUUGGCCGAUCCAGAAGUUAUUGAAUAUAUUAGUAGCAAUAUGCUGUUUUGGGCAUGUGACAUCACGACACCCGAAGGUUACCGAGUGUCACAUUCGAUUAAUACGCGAUCCUAUCCGGCAGUUGUUAUCGUUGGCGUUCGAGAGCAUAAGAUGGUGAUCAUGGGACGAAUGGAAGGUUUUUGCUCAGCACCCGAAUUCGUUCGACGGCUGCAAUCGGUUAUCAAUGACAACAAAAUUUGGCUUACUCAAGAGAGACAAGAACGUUUUGAAAGGAAAUUCGUGCAAGAUCUCAGGCAGCAGCAAGAUGAAGCUUACGAGCUGUCAUUGAAGGCUGACCAAGAGAAGGAGCGAUUGAAGCAAUUGGAAAAAGAACGAUUAUUGCAAGAACAACAGCAAGAAGAAGCUGAACGUUUGGAAAAACAACGCCAGAAAGAGGAUAUUGCACGGCAGAAGAUUGAACGAGCAUUAGAAGUGCCAGCCGAACCGGAUUCCGAAGACUCGGACGCCAUACUAUUGUUAUUCAUUCUACCCAAUGGAGCACGCUUGGAACGAAGAUUCCGUCGUUCGGACAUGUUAAAAGAUUUGCACACGUACGUGUUUUGUCAUCCGCAGUCACCGGAUCAAUUUGCGAUAGCGACCAACUUCCCGAAACGAACGCUUGAAACGGAAACAUCCGAAGUCCAAAUCAAUACAGCCGGCAUAAAUAAUCGUGAAGUUCUUUACGUAUAUGAUUUGGAUGCAUAAAAUUCUAAAGUGGCCUAUGAAAAACAUUCAAGAACAUUAAAAAUUGAAAUAUGCACGGUUCUUGUAAAUUCGGACACAAAGUGCUAGCCCUCCUCCAUUUUCAGUUUUCAUUUUUUCAUAGUGCUUUUCGCUUUCAUAUUUGGUUAUUGAAUCAAUUUCUACAUCACCAACUGCGAUUGAAUCACAUCGGCCAAAAGAAAACAAAUGUCUCGAAACUUUGUGUCCCUGUUUCACCAAAUCAAAAAAAAAAUAAGUUCACCACAGAAACAAAAACGAAUUACUUGUUGUGUUUGAAUAGCGUCAUCAUUUUAGGGGUUUUCAUCGCUCUGUUGAUUGGAGCGACGAAUUCCAAGCAAUCUACUUUUCAACUUUCAUUUGCAAUAAAUAUUAUUGAUCUGUCUCACCAUUCAAAACCUGCUAUAAGCGACUAUAAGUACGAGUACUUAGUCCACAUGAACUAGUUUAAUCGAUAACAAACAAAAAACAGAACAACUCUCGUGAAAACAAAUUGAAAUAUACCGUUGAUCUAUUGAAAUGUUUUUUUACAUAUCUUUUAUAAGAUACAAGUUUGAAUAGGAAUGAGAAGAUUGGAAGAAUGAAGAAAAAAAAGGAAUCAAAUAAAUGGAAAUGCUUUAUUUCACACCAA